AUGUUCUUUUCCACUACUUUGUUCAUCAGCUUCGCAGCUGCGGCUGUCGCUCCAGCAUGUCCUUCGUUCCUGCCCUCCAUGGUGGAAUUCUCCGCUGGGUUUCAGCAACCCAAGCCACCAAUCGUCAAGCCAGAAUAUCAGGCUCACUUCGUGCAACACAAAUGGAAUGCUGACUUGUCGCAUAUCACGGCUGGCUACAUCGAAAACUCACCUUCAAAAGGCUUUGUCCGCGCAGAUGAAGCUUAUGAGGGCGAGAUGGCCUCGUCGUUCUUUGACUAUUCCAACGUCACUGAGGCGGGUUUGGUUGAUAACACCCUAACGACAUACAAUCACAAAUCUACUAAACCCACAGUUUGGAGAGGCUACGUGAACUCCAACUUUCCAAUCUUCGAGAAGAAGAUCUUGGUUGACUCUGGCGCCGUCUUCGAGGGGUUGGUCAAGAGGGACUUCAACCCUUCGCCUGUUGCCGCGUGGAGUAUCAUGUACCAGAAGGUGAUUCCGGUAACGGUGUAUGUAAAUUCAUGCAAUAUUAUUGUUGGCUAUGAUUACUUUGCUCCUGAACUACGAACUCGAGUUAUUAUGGACUUUUUUGAUAUCCAAGCGAAGUAG